AUGCAUCCUCCUUUGACGUUACAUAGGCACCCAAUGUGUGCUGAAAUUAUUGAGCAGUUUCAAAAGUGUCAUUUGGACCAUCCUAUUGCUAAGUUCUUUGGUGAAUGCACAGAACUCAAAAUAAAACUUGAUCGUUGUUUUCGGGAGGAAAAAGCAGUGAAGCGUAAGGCAAAUUUUGAACAGAGCAAAAAGCUGAAGGAAAGGCUUCAAGCAUUAAGGAAGGAAGCUGCUGAGGGAAACCCUGAGAAGAGGAACAUUGCAUAA